AGUGCACGCUGCGCUCCGCCCAGCUCCGUUCCGCUCCGCAGAGCCGGCGCGGCCAGGGCGCGGGGAGGGCGGCACUCAAUCCCGGCCUUCGCAGCCCCUCGCGCCCCCUCCGCCGGGGGACCCGGGUCCCCAGGCCGCUCCUCACAUCCCCGAGCGCGCGGAGGGCGGGAGAGGGAUCGGGACUGGCGGCGAAGGAGGGAGCGAGGAGCUAGCGGAGUCGCGUGCGCCGGCGCGCCGCCCUGGGGCCCCUCCAGCCCCGGACCCGGCCUGUCGCCAUCAGACUUGGGCGGCCCGUAGGACAGACUUUGCACCCUUGAUCGGUCAGGGACCGCAGCUACUCGGCCGGAGUGCAGGGCCGAGUCAGUGCGACGGCCCACGCGGGACAGGUCCCUGGAUGAGAAAGAGCUGACAGCAGCUGAGUCCCACCUUCUCUGUGUGCUGGGGAGCAGGGCUGCACAGCCCCGGUGGCACCCAUGCCGAAGAACAGCAAGGUGACCCAACGUGAGCACAGCAAUGAACAUGUCACCGAGUCAGUGGCUGACCUGCUGGCCCUUGAGGAGCCUGUGGACUACAAGCAGAGUGUACUGAAUGUGUSCGGUGAGGCAGGUGGCAAGCAGAAGGCAGCGGAGGAGGAGCUGGACGCAGAGGACCGACCAGCCUGGAAUAGCAAGCUGCAGUACAUCCUGGCCCAGAUCGGCUUCUCCGUGGGCCUCGGCAACAUCUGGAGAUUCCCCUACCUGUGCCAGAAAAAUGGAGGAGGUGCCUACCUGGUGCCCUACCUGGUGCUGCUGAUCAUUAUUGGCAUCCCCCUCUUCUUCCUGGAGCUGGCUGUGGGCCAAAGGAUCCGCCGCGGCAGCAUUGGUGUGUGGCACUACGUGUGUCCCCGCCUGGGGGGCAUUGGCUUUUCCAGCUGCAUUGUGUGCCUCUUUGUUGGGCUGUAUUAUAACGUGAUCAUCGGAUGGAGCAUCUUCUACUUCUUCAAGUCCUUCCAGUACCCACUGCCCUGGAGCGAAUGUCCUGUCAUCAGGAAUGGGACCAUGGCAGUGGUGGAGGCAGAAUGUGAGAAGAGCUCGGCCACCACCUACUUCUGGUACCGAGAGGCCUUGGAUAUCUCCAACUCCAUCUCUGAGAGCGGGGGCCUCAACUGGAAGAUGACGCUGUGCCUUCUCGUGGCCUGGAGCAUUGUGGGCAUGGCUGUGGUCAAGGGGAUCCAGUCCUCAGGGAAGGUGAUGUAUUUCAGCUCCCUCUUCCCCUACGUGGUGCUGGCUUGCUUUCUGGUCCGAGGGCUGCUGCUGCGAGGAGCAGUCGAUGGCAUCCUACACAUGUUCACUCCCAAGCUGGACAAGAUGCUGGAUCCCCAGGUGUGGCGGGAGGCAGCCACACAGGUCUUCUUUGCCCUGGGGCUGGGCUUCGGUGGGGUCAUCGCCUUCUCCAGCUACAACAAGCAGGACAACAACUGCCACUUUGAUGCCGCUCUGGUGUCCUUCAUCAACUUCUUCACCUCSGUGUUGGCCACCCUCGUGGUGUUUGCUGUGCUGGGCUUCAAGGCCAACAUCAUGAAUGAGAAGUGUGUGGUCGAGAAUGCUGAGAAAAUCUUAGGGUACCUCAACUCCAACGUCCUGAGCCGGGACCUCAUCCCACCUCACGUCAACUUCUCCCACCUGACCACCAAGGACUAUGCGGAGAUGUACCACGUCAUCAUGACYGUGAAGGAGGACCGGUUCUCAGCCCUGGGCCUAGAUCCCUGCCUCCUGGAAGAUGAGUUGGACAAGUCCGUGCAGGGCACAGGCCUGGCCUUCAUCGCCUUCACGGAGGCCAUGACACACUUCCCCGCCUCCCCAUUCUGGUCCGUCAUGUUCUUCCUGAUGCUUAUCAACCUGGGCCUGGGCAGCAUGAUUGGGACCAUGGCGGGCAUCACCACGCCCAUCAUUGACACAUUCAAGGUGCCUAAGGAGAUGUUUACAGUGGGCUGCUGUGUCUUUGCAUUCUUCGUGGGGCUGUUGUUCGUCCAGCGGUCCGGAAACUACUUUGUCACCAUGUUUGAUGACUACUCGGCCACCCUGCCACUCACCGUCAUCGUCAUCCUUGAGAACAUCGCUGUGGCUUGGAUCUAUGGAACCAAGAAGUUCAUGCAGGAGCUGACAGAGAUGCUGGGCUUCCGACCCUAUCGCUUCUAUUUCUACAUGUGGAAGUUUGUGUCUCCACUGUGCAUGGCUGUGCUCACCACGGCCAGUAUCAUCCAGCUGGGGGUGACGCCCCCGGGCUACAGCGCCUGGAUCAAGGAGGAGGCUGCAGAACGCUACCUGUAUUUCCCCAACUGGGCCAUGGCACUUCUCAUCACCCUCAUCGUUGUGGCCACCCUGCCCAUCCCUGUGGUGUUCGUCCUGCGGCACUUCCACCUGCUCUCCGAUGGCUCCAACACCCUCUCUGUGUCCUACAAGAAGGGCCGCAUGAUGAAGGAUGUCUCCAACCUGGAGGAGAACGAUGAGACCCGCUUCAUCCUCAGCAAGGUGCCCAGCGAGGCACCCUCCCCCAUGCCCACCCACCGCUCCUACCUGGGGCCUGGCAGCACGUCACCCCUGGAGAGCAGCGGCAACCCCAAUGGACGCUAUGGAAGUGGCUACCUCCUGGCCAGCACCCCUGAAUCAGAGCUGUGACCACUGCCCCAACCCUGCCCACCUUUCCCACCACGCCCAACCUGCCCACUGGUCUGGGCCUGGCCUCUUCCUUCACAGUGGCCACCAGCCCCAGGCCAGCCCCUCUGCCCAAGGAGAGAGGGUCACACCCUGCCUCAUUCCCAUCCCAAUCCUGGUAGACUCUGCUCCCUAGCCCUGAUCAGGGAGCUGGGAGCAGCACUGCCCCCCAAUCCAGGCCCCCAAUCCAUCUAACCCUUAGAACCUUUCACCAAAUUGCAGCCAUGUAACCAGAACAAUCAAGAUGUCCUGAUUCCCAGUUCAGAGAAGACUCCAAAUGGCUACUUUGGAGGUCAUUCCAUCCUCCUCUCUCCUUGCAACCUGCCACCUGAAGUUCUGGGGAGUGGGAGAGGGUCCCCCCUAUACUA